AUACGAUGACGCUUGUUCCAGAUGAGAGCAAACUGCUAGUGCUACCUUCUGUUUUUUCCUUUCAGUUUUUCAUGUUUUGUACUCUCUAUUGGGUUUAUCUGACACUUCUUGCGCCCAAGCGGAAGCGACCGAUUAUCUUCCCAUAUUACCGAGAACAACGGCAACCUGCGAACCUCGCGAGGCUGGUGGAAAAGUUCGAGUACGGUUCUAAACAGGCAGCAUCUACUAGUCGUCUACACGACAGCGAACGAAUCCUCACUUCAGCACAAAAUCAUCAGACGAAGACUACUACAAGGCCCACUUCUCUUUCGACGCUCAUUAAGUCUUCAACAUACACCUUUGCCGUGGGUGUACCUGCAAUUCCACGCGACAUAUCGCGUCUCAGCGACCUCGUUUUGCACUCAGUAGCAUUGCAGACUCGCAAACCGCAAGAAUUCCUGCUGUUUCUGAGCGGCGGUUCCAGAAGAGAAUUGUAUCAAGAAUUAAAGCAAAGCGGAAUUUCGACAGCAACAAAAAUCGGAAUUUCCACAGGAGAACAAAUAGUCCGACAUUGGUUGUCAGUAUUAGAACAACAACAUGGACGAGUUGGAGUUGGACGUGGUGGCUCGUGGUCUUGCAAGAGCAAGACCGGACGACGACCUGAUGUUAAGGCUCCACAAAACCCAACCCCACCUGGAUCCUGUUAAUAAGUACUGCGCUGGUGGUGCCUCGUGGAUUCUCGCAAGUACUCGGGAGAGUCUCCGACUUGCCUUGUACUGAGGCAAGUACUGGGGAGAGUAUUGUAACUGGAUACCUUCACAGGAUGGGUAAAGGGUAGCGCUAAUGAUGUAAAAAACGCAAUCGUGCAUAAUAUGCUUACUGCUGACAAGAAACUACUUUUUGAUCUCGAGGUAGCUACCGGGAAAUGCGAAUAUGAUAUCAAGGUAGCAGAUGGAGAAACCACGAAGAAGGUGACUCAUUUGCGAGCUUUGAUAGCAAAGGCGCCGCAAAGUAGAGGAGCAAAGAGCACCAGCACGACUCCCGUAUUCGACGAGACCAGCCAAAAACCUUUAUCCGCUGGCGUAGCACGGAACGUUAUUGCAACCUUUGCACGUUCCGACUACAUUGCUUUCUUGGACUCCGACGAUUACGCUUUUCCUGACCGCAUAGAAAUGUUGCAUCGUAUCGCAGUUAGAAACGCGCAAGAACAAAGUACUGGGAGUCACUUGAGACAAUGUUCUAGUCUACGAGAAGAAAAGCAAAAGGAACAGUCUUUGUUUCCAGUUGUGAACGAGAAGUUCAAGGACAACGGACCACAUUUAAUCGGAGCUCGAUGGUCCUAUCCUGUGAUUAGGAGAAAAACAGGAACAGGCAUUUUUGAUAACGUCAACCUCAAUCGAGACGACGACUUGCGAUACGAUCCGACUUGUCACCGUGCGAAGUCGCUGGGAAACAAGAGACUAGAAGCGAAAUUGUCUUAUGAUAUCAGAUUUCUUGUUCUGACUACUUAUAGCACUAUAUAAUUAAGGAAUCAACUUCGAAAGCAACUACGAACUUUCCUGCAGCUUCGAAGUACACGAGUCACAUUUAAUAUAAACUAGUUUUACAAGAGAACGUCAUUCUCAUUUUCUAAUUUCCGUGCGGCGAACUGACCAAUGGCCACAAAGAGGACCUUGUUUACACAGGCAAAGUACGGGAAAGGGUUGCUGCAAUGUCUCCGAAAAAUACCAGUGUGCGUCCCAGUCUAAUCGGCCAUUUUGUUGGAGAUACACGUGCAACUCAGGGUAUGAGCUUUUCCUCUUCCGAUAUGCGCGUUAAUGUGCGUUGCAGUGGAUCUCCUGGGGACGGCAAAAUUGUUCCGGCGACUUCUACUGAGAUUUUCGUACAAAACAGUGGCUACAUUUUGGAAAAACGAAAGUCGCUCGGUCGUUGGUAUUGCGAUUGGUACCCUUGGGGACACAUCAGUGUGCGAACAGAGACCGCACGCUCGUUCCCCUACAACGAGGAUCCCAAAUAUGGUGCACAACAAGGCGAGGAUCAGGCGUUUAUUAAUCAGAUACUCGAUUGUGCUGUGGAACCCCCAUUGGGAAGUAACAACUCGAUGAUGCCGCGUGAUCGGAUGCUUUUCUUAGAAAACUGGCCACUAACGGCGAAGUAUCUGAUUGCUUGAAAAAACAACUCGGAACACAGUUACAACACCGAGCGAAGGCAUGAGCAUC